AUGUCCAAAAUAGAAAAAGAAGAUAGUCAAGAAUCAUCCAGAACCAAUGAUCUACUACAUCAGCUACCCAACAAGUGGAGAUUUUUCACUAAAGUUUCCAAUUUCUUUCAAUUUCAAUUAGUCUUAAAGAACCACGCCUCAGUGGCUCGAGAUCAUAUGGCAAAUGAAAGGACAUUUUUAGCAUGGGUCAGAACAUCGCUUGCAUUUUUAACAUUUGGUGUUGGGUUCCUACAGUAUUAUCGGGUUGAGUCAAAGGCAAGUGUUUUAGAGAACAAUUCCAAAACCUCAAUAAUUGAAAGUUUGAAUCGUCCAAUAGGUAGCAUAUGUAUGGUAUUAAGUGGGUUGACAUUGAUGUUUGGGGCAGUACGAUAUUUCCAAGUACAAGAUUUAUUACAGAAUGACUAUUAUCCGGCCACAAGAUUCACCAUUCUAAUAAUAUUAUUAAUAAACCUAAGCAUGCUAAUAUUGGUAUUUGUUUUAGAUAUUGAAAUCUCGGUGGCUUAA